ACUACCGCCGCGCAUCAAGCGAACCGCAGCAGCGCCGCACGCCUCCGAGGAAUAUAUCGCGAGUGGACAGAGACGGCUGCUGUGUCCUCGGUGAGAGAAGAAACGCUACCAAAAAAAAAAAUAGCCAGAAGUUUCAGCGGCGUGAACGCAAUACUUUCUUCUUCUUUUUAUUUUUUUUUUUUGCCGGUGGUGUUUUUAGUUUUUAGUGUCUCUGCCUUGAAGUCACGUCACGUUUGAACCAGCGACUCCCUCGGCGUCUCAGUCUCUCUCUCUCUCUCCCCUCCUCCUCCUCCCUUCUUCCCGAAACUCAACGAACAUACUUCCAACUCUCGCUUUCACUGGAUAUUACCGCACUAUCUGGUUCUUUGUUGUUUCUGUCUCCGAGCCCAGCCGUGUUUCCUGUGCAGCCUGGACGAGUCUUUGCUAUGGAUGGACCUCUGAGAGGGACCAUUGAGUGCAGCUGCACAUCUUAAAUAGCAUCAGGACCAUGUGGCAGAAUUAGCUUCCAGAAUCUCUUCUGACGCGGUGUGCGCUGAGCCAGACUACAGGAUGACCGUGGCAUAUGACUCCGUCGUCAAAACGCAUCUCAUCAUCAGUAUUAGACCGCUGAUUAUCAAAGGAUUCCCAAAACAAAGACUUGGACUGUAAUCUUUUUUGUGUUGGCCUUCUUUUUUUACUACUUUUUUUUGGUGGGGGGCCUUUUUUGUAGCAGACAUAGUGAAAGGAUCUUCUACAUGAGCUGCGGAAAUGGACUAGAAGCCCAUGUGUGACAGGACAGCUGCUGCAACUCGUGGAAUAACUUACCACCCGACUCUUGGGGUGUCACUCCUUCAGGUGCCCGAGGGAUCUGAUCCCAGCACCAACCUGGCCUGUCGUCAUCUGACCAUCCCACCUGUCUAAAGGCAGAGCCCUCUAUCCAAUGGCAUGGGUCAAGUUCUUCAGGAAGCCGGGGGGCAAUCUGGGGAAAUCGUACCAACCGGGGAGUAUGCUGUCUCUGGCCCCCACCAAAGGACUGCUGAACGAACCGGGCCAGAACAGCUGCUUCCUCAACAGCGCUGUGCAGGUACUCUGGCAGCUGGAUAUCUUCCGACGCAGCUUGAGGCAGCUACCUGGUCACUUCUGUCUGGGAGAGUCCUGCAUCUUUUGUGCAUUAAAGGGCAUUUUCUCCCAGUUCCAGCACAGUCGGGAGCGCGCCCUGCCCUCUGACAACCUGCGUCACGCCUUGGCAGAGACCUUUAAGGACGAGCAGCGCUUCCAGCUGGGCUUCAUGGAUGAUGCCGCAGAGUGCUUUGAGAACAUACUGGAGAGGAUCCACCUGCACAUUGUGCCUGAGGAAACGGAUGCCUGCACUUCUAAGUCUUGCAUCACGCAUCAAAAGUUUGCUAUGACACUUUAUGAGCAGUCUGUGUGCCGUAGCUGUGGGGCAUCCUCCGACCCACUGCCGUUUACAGAGCUGGUGCAUUAUGUCUCCACCACCGCACUCUGUCAACAGACGCUUCAGCGCAGAGACGAGUCAUUUGGGGAACUGUUACAAGCAGCAAGUACGAUAGGGGACCUUCGUAACUGUCCAAGCAACUGUGGCCAGAAGAUUAGGAUCAGACGGGUCCUCAUGAACUCCCCAGAGAUAGUUACCAUCGGCUUCGUCUGGGACUCGGACCAGUCAGACCUCACAGAAGACGUUAUCCGCUCACUGGGCCCUCAUCUCAGUCUUUCUGCACUCUUCUACAGGGUGACAGAUGAGCAUGCCAAAAAGGGAGAGCUGCUGCUGGUGGGGAUGAUCUGCUACUCCAGCCGUCACUACUGUGCCUUUGCCUUUCACACCAAGUCCUCCAAAUGGGUCUUCUUUGAUGAUGCCACGGUAAAAGAGAUCGGCUCCAGGUGGAAAGAUGUGGUCAGCAAAUGUAUCAAAGGUCACUUCCAGCCUCUCCUCCUCUUUUACGCCAACCCAGAUGGGAGUGCUAUCGCCGCAGAUGAUGCCUCAAGACAAAACAGCAGCCAGUCUCACUCCAAGACCUCUGUCAAUGGAGACGUGCAAGGCGUAGAGUCUCCAGUUAUAGCCCACAAGAAGCUGGACUUCACUAGGGAGAAUCUAAACACUCUGCUGGGCCAAGGCUCCUUCAAGCAGAAGACCCCUUCGACCCACAGCAGGGGCAGCAUUCAGACCAGUGGAGAUCGGGGACCAGUUAAAAUUGGCACAAGCGAUCCCAAAAGCCGCCUCAGGGAUAUUUCUCGAGAAGUUGCCCAGAGAGCCGCAGUGGUGCGCGGGAUGCAUCCACCCAGAAGAGAGGCUGAUCGGAGCGGUCACCGGAGGCCAGAGUCGCGCUACAGAGAUCCAGGUCAGGACAGGACCUACUCCCGCUCCGUCUCCCCUCCAGAGAAUGGCUUCAAACAACACCUGGAAACCCGUCUGUACAGCAGCCAAGGGAAAGGUCCCAUACGGACUGAGCGAACACCCCACCUUGGUGGACGGUCCUCGCAUGAGCCCCCUCGCUCUCACGCGAGGGUCCAAGUGUUGCCCACUGUGCCCAGUAUCGGCAGUGGUCAUCACAGUCGGAGAGUAGACCAAGUCCCCAACGGAUAUGAUACUGACAGCAGCCAAGACUCCCGGGACCGUCCGGCAAGCGGAGGCAACAGCCGCAGCAGCAGGCCCAGCCGCCCCUGGAAGCCAAUGCGUGAGGCGUUAAACGUGGACAGUGUUUUAAGUGGCGUUGGUGGUGGAAAUUCGGUUAGUCAAGAGCGAAGGCAGCACAGCCCACGGAGAAGACCCAGUAGUCAGUCGCCCUCCCGUGACCGAGAGCGAGACGGAGAUUUUACGUGGGGAGGCAGAGAAGAACGCAAACCUAAAAGCCUAAUGACCAUCUAUGAGGAUGAGCAGAGGCUUGAAACGGGUGGCAGCCGAAGCUCGCUGGACUCGGAUAGCCGGGGCGGCUACAGUGACAAAGACAGGUCAAAGGGCUCGGCGCCUCUUAAAGUGCGGAACGACAACUGGAAGAUCCAGCGGACUGAAUCUGGAUACGAAAGUAGUGACAGGCUCAGCAAUGGCUCAGCAAAUCUGGACUCGCCUGUGGUAGACAACCUUUCUUCCAAAGACCUGCAGACCAUUCCUGAGCUGCACCUCACAAGGGAUCACUUUCCUCAGAGAAGAAGUGAUGAUUUGAAGGCAGACAUCUUGCACUCCACAUACUCCACCGGUGAACAAAGAAGACGAUCUCCAGAUCUACGAGAUGAAGACGUCCUAUCUGGUCCGUCAAUACAAAGAAGAAGAGCCUUCCGAUACACUCCCGGGAUUUUUGAAAAGAACGACGGUCUGGACAGCGAACAAGAGGAAAACGUGGACGGCAGCCCCGUGAGCCCCGUGCCUCGUUACCUAGCGAAGACCAGCAGUUCGGAGUGGAACAGCUCCGAUGACCUCGCCGGACCGUUCUCUGAACAAGAGGAGACUGACGCCGUCGCCCACACGGACCCUUUCUCGCACAACUAUCCCCCACCGUUACCCCCCAGGACCUUUGGCAGCAGUCCCGCCGACCCAUCUGCCCACUUCCAACCGCCGGAAGUGCCAAUGCGGUCGAGCCCCCACUACGAACCCAAAAAUGGCUUGUCCCCACUCUCGCACACCACCCUCCUCCGUCGGUGGAUUGAGACACCUGCCGAGCACAGGUUUUCAUCAGACGCCAGCUCCAAGUCGGGGUCAUCGGAUCAGGACAGGAAUGAUCUGUCGGCCAGCGAGAGUGACGACCGGUUACCCAGUCCAAACCUGGGAUACGACGACGGCACAGACUCCCCCGGUCUGACGGAUAUGGCUCUUCCCACCACUUACUUUUCCGUGGAUAGCUGUAUGACCGACACCUACAGGGCCAAAUACCAUAAGAGACCUGCCUACAUGAAAGCAGAAGACCAUGCGUCGUCAGGGGAGAGUGAUGUGGAAGGGAGGCUCCCUUUGCCAGAUGUUCAGCCACCAGAGCUUUCCAAAAGCAGAUCAGAAUUAGGCUAUCCGACCACAAAGACUACUGCAAAGUGGAACCCAAUUACUUCAAAAGGACUCGAUGAGCAUGGUUUCUUAUGAUUUUAGCAAAAGCAUCAAUUGACCGAGUAUAAUCCAGCGACUGGAUGCCAAAAAUAAUUGCUAUGCACUAUGGCUGCUACACAGUUUGACUCCUACUGACUGGGAUUGGUGUAUAUGUAUGUAUGUAUGAAUUUGCACAGUAAAGAGCACCAGAAAGGUACAGAGAAAAGAAUCAUGCCUAAAACAUGUUGCUGUUCAGACUGCUGGA